AUGGCGCUUUAUGCGCAACGUUAUAUGCUGAGAGGCUUCGCAUCAAGAUGCUACAUAACAUCACGGCGCCGGAUCUCUACCCUCAAGGUGCCUGACCAAACGCGCUUCUCUUAUUUCUUGUCGCCAAAGGACGGGACUCGUGAUCUCCUGACGAAUCUGAGUGGUCAUGCCGUUUUAGAAAAUUCACGUGGCCACGACGCUGCUGUUGUUCUCGCAACUCCAGAUCUAACCAAGCAGCUUGAUGAUCAAGAAUUCAUCUCAGGAUUAGUCAAAUUGCUUUCAGCAUCCGCUAGCAUCAGUGAUUUCCAUCUCCUAUGCGCUGUUGUCGACAAUAUUGCGCCAGCCCUUGGUGACGUUGUCCCUUUGCAGGGCAUCUCAGUCCUGCGAGGCAAUGUGGAUAGUCUCUUGCCUCAGCUAUGGCAUCCAAAUCCACCAAGGGAGAAAGCUGACAAGGAUUCUGUUGCGGCACUCACAUUCAGCGUGGGAAAGUCGACUGUGACACUGCCCUUGACGCGAACAACAUUUCAUAAUAACAGGGCUUCUACCCUCUUGAGUAACCGCUACAGUCUUUCAGAGGGCCAGCCAGAGCUUAAAGAUAGAAAAGAGAAACAAUGGCAACAUGUACAAAUUACGCUUAACCAACCUGUACAGUCAACUACUGACCUUGGGCUAUGGGCACCCCUAUCACCGGUCACCCGAGCUCGAAAAAUAACGGAAAGCUUUGGAAACAUUGUACGAGGCAUUGAGAUUGGUGGCAAAUCCACACCGGCCUCAACAGAGUUAGAAGACUCUGUAAACACUAUGUUGGCAAAUAGAAAAGCAACUGGAAGCGACCAAGGGCCGAUGGGAGUCUGGGCUGUGAUCACCCCUGAAACAUCGGAGUCUGAGUCACUCGUUCUAGCAGACGCUCCUAAUCCGGCAGAUACUUUGGAGGGCAGAAUAGUGCAGCGAAAGGAUGUUGAGACAACAGCAAGGUACCUCGAGCAGCAACACCAAUUAGGCAGCCGAACCUACCAAGUUUUGAGCGGCGGCGGCGGCUGGGGUCCCAAGAAAGGUCUUUUGUCCCUUGAUCCCCAACAGACGCAUUUUGCCCUCUCAGAAGCAGAGGAAAUGGAAAGGUUUAUGAAAACCAUGGAUAGUUCAGGAUUCGCACCUCCAGGUGCUCAUAUACAAUUCUUCGUACCCGCAAUGGCAUCUCCAGAAAUAAUCACCUGCCCUGUAACAGGUGUUGUAUUUGGAGUUCCAUUGGGCAUAGAAACAUCAGGAGAAGCCGGGACUGCUCCAAAGGGAUAUUUGGUCGCCGACCAUUUCGGGGCUCUAUCUAGUCAAGGAGUCUAUCUUUCUGGCCGGACAGACGCUGACUCAGCUUCCUGCUAUGAGUCGAAGAUUAGUGUUCCGGGCUGUAGAAUAUUCGUCGGAAAUCCCGAGGCUAAGCCGGGAGGUUUUUUCAACUUCUUGGGCUCUGGAAGUCUUGCCGAUGCUGGAACAAUAGCGCUGAUGUAA